AAGAAAGAGCUCGCGUGUGAUGUGUUUGUUUAUCCUCAGUGUUUUUCUCUCUUGAGUGUUUUAUUGAGUGUAAACAGAGUCUUGUCUCUGUGUAUUUUAGUGUUGAUGAUGAGAUGGAUGUGAUGUGCUGUAAAUCAGAAACUGAUCAGGGCUUACAGGAUGAGGAAUCUACUGAUCAAACCUCCACAGAGUCUCUGGAUUCUGUCUGGAACGCUGGAGAACAGCAGCAGAUCCUGCAGACUAAACUCAAGAUGUGUUCAGUAAAACUCAUCGACUGCAGGAACCUCGUGAGGAAGAUGAGAAGAGAAACCACAGCAGGAGAAGAUCAAACUGAGGAAGAAGAGGAUUUUAUUUCUUCAGAUUUGAGAAGUGAUUCGUGUUCAGGUGGAGAAAUAACGUCCUCGACAUCAAAAAAGCGACAGACCGCACAAUCUCUUUCCUGCAUCACCUGUGGAAAGACAUUCAGCUCACAUUUACAUUUAAAGAGACAUGAGAGAAAACACACAGAACAUGAACUCUUCACCUGCAAGAGAUGUAAGAUCAGCUUUACUACCUUACAAGAAAAGGAACUUCAUUCACAAGAACACAGAGAGAAGAAGAUCAAGUUUGAGUGUCAGCAGUGUGGAAAGGUUUGUCUCAUCUUAUCUGAGUUGAAACGCCACAUGAGGACACACAUUGUUGAAAAGCCUUUUCACUGCACUGAAUGUGGCAAAUAUUUCAGCACAGAAGGAUAUCUUGAUGCCCAUAAGAAAAUUCACACAGGAGGAAAACCAUACGAGUGUCCUCACUGUGAGAAGAAAUUUGGCCAAAAAGCCCAUCUGAUGAGACAUGUGCUUAUACACACCAAUGAGAAACCGUAUCAGUGCAGUGAAUGUGACAAAGCCUUUAGGGAUUCAGAUUCAUUAAAAUCGCACCAGAAAAUUCACUCUGAGGAGAAACACUAUUAUUGUUUACACUGUGAUAAACGUUUCAGUCUUAAAUCUAGUCUUAUUGUCCAUGAGAGACUUCACACUGGAGAGAAACCUUUUCGCUGUACUGUUUGUGGGAAGAGUUUUCGUCAUAGUGGCAGUUUAUUGUCACACCAGAAAGUUCAUACAGGUGAAAGACCUUACAAAUGCUCUCAAUGUGAGAAGACGUUUGCUCAUUCAGCUUCCUUUAAAGCCCAUCAAAGACUUCACACUGGAGAGAAACCUUAUUGCUGCUCUCAUUGUGGAAAGAGCUUCUCGGAUCCAUCUUGUUUUAGAGUUCAUCAAAGAGUUCACACUGGAGAGAAACCUCAUCACUGUGAUCUUUGUGGGAAGAGUUUCAGUCGACAUGACAGUUUAGUGUCACACCAGAAAGUUCAUACAGGUGAAAAACCUUACAAAUGCUCUCAGUGUGAGAAGACGUUUGCUCAUUCAAGUUACUUAAAAAUCCAUGAGAGAGUUCACACUGGAGAGAAACCUUACAUCUGCUCGAUCUGUGGAAAGAGCUUCUCUCAAUCAUGUUAUUUUAAACUUCACCAGAGAAUUCACACUGGAGAGAAACCUCAUCACUGUAAUGUUUGUGGGAAGAGUUUUAAUGUACAACAGAGUUUAGUGCUGCACCAGAGAACUCAUACAGGUGAAAAACCUUACAAAUGCUCUCAUUGUGACAAGACAUUUACUAAUUUAUCAUCCGUAAAAUCCCAUGAAAGGGUUCACUCCGGAGAGAAACCUUACGUCUGCUCGAUCUGUGGAAAGAAAUUUGGUUAUGCCAUAAGUCUUCAGAAUCAUCAGAAGAAACAUACUGAAGAACAGACUACACUGAAAAAAAUCGUAGUGUCUUAAAGUCUUUACGCACGAGACGGUGGCGCUACAGCACACACAAUUGUAUUGACAGUGUGUCGGGUUCUUUCUCUCUGCGUCAUGCAUUUAAAAUCCUUUAAUGCACGUCAAGUCUUGAUUAUCCCUUUAAUAUUCAUUUACUUUAUCAUUCACUUUUAUUCUUAAAUUUAUAUUUUGAUUUAUAUUACCCGGCUCCCUAAAAUGCUAGAUAAGAUACAUUAUCCCUUACAUAUCUGCAUUUGAUUCAAUAUAGUUAGUUAGGGCCCGAGCACACCGGGGUGUGAGGACCCUAUUGUUCUUCAAGGAGUUAUUAUUAUUAUUAUUUUUCUCCGACUUCAGCGGGACUUUAGAGGGCCUAAACAUACUCAAAAACUCAUGAAAUUUUGCACGGAUGUCAAGAGUGAUGAAAAUUUACAUGUGGUGUAGGCUUUGGAAUUAGGCGUGGGAAAACGGCUCUAUAGCGCCACCUACAAAUUUUCAACGAAGCAGCCCUCGGACUGUGUUUAACGUACAAUUACGAAAUUCGGUACGCUUCUGUAGCAUGACAAGACCUACAAAAAAGUCUCUUGGAGCGAAGCCAUAAACCAAACAGGAAGUCAGCUAUUCUGAGUUAUUUUUGUGAUUUGGGCGCAGUUUUUGUCAUUUCCAGGCGUCAUACUUUAACUAACUCCUCCUAGAGUUUUCGUCGGAUCAUCUUCAUAUUUGGCGAGUGUCAUCUUAAGGCCUUUGUGAUGCUAAAUUGCGAAGGAUUUGACUCUACGUAAAAAUUUGUGUCGGUUCUGGCCCGACAAAGUUUGAUGUUUUCCGAUGAAACAGGAAGUUGCUGGAACUCAUGCAUACAAUGUCUGAUCAGUCCCAAAUUUCACAUGAUUGCUAAGAGUCCUGACCUGAACACAUCUACAUAACAAUUUUCAUUUAUAGCCAUAGCGCCACCAGCUGGCAACCUGAAGGAACAUGUUUUAGCGCCACUUUCAAAAUUCAAUGCAGCAGCCCUUGGACUGUGUUUAACUUACAUGUACGAAUUUCGGUAUGCUCAUGUAUUAUUACAAGCCCUACAAAAAAGUCUCUUGGAGCAACGCCCUAAACCAAACAGGAAGUCAGCUAUUUUGAAUUAUUUCUCAGAUUUUGGCUCAGUUUUUCUCAUUUCCAGCAGUCAUACUUUAACUAACUCCUCCUACAGUUUUCGUCGGAUCAUCAUCAUAUUUGGCGAGUGUCAUCUUAAGGCCUUUGUGAUGCUAAAUUGCGAAGGAUUUGAUUCUAUAUUAAAAUUUGUGUCGGUUCUGGCCCGACAAAGUUGGAUGUUUCGUUAUGAAACAGGUUGCUGGAACUCAGGCAUACAGUGUCCGAUCUGUCCCAAACUUCACAUGAUUGAUAAGAGUCCUGACCUGAACACAUCUACAUGUCAAUAGUCACUUAUGGUUAUAGCGCCACCAGCUGGCAACAGGAAGUGACAUGUUUACACUGAUUAUGCAAUGUCCGAUCUUUCCCUAACUUCACAUGAUUAAUAAGAGUCCUGGACUGAACACAUCUACAUGUCAAUAGUCACUUAUGGUUAUAGCGCCACCAGCUGGCAACAGGAAGUGACAUGUUUACACUGAUUAUGCAAUAUCCGAUCUUUCCCUAACUUCAUAUGAUUAAUAAGAGUCCUGGACUUAACACAUCUACAUGUCAAUAGUCACUUAUGGUCAUAGCGCCACCAGCUGGCAACAGGAAGUGACAUGUUUACACUGAUUAUGCAAUGUCCGAUCUUUCCCUAACUUCAUAUGAUUAAUAAGAGUCCUGAACUGAACACAUCUUCAUGUCAAUAGUCACUUAUAGUUAUAGCGCCACCAGCUGGCAACAGGAAGUGACAUGUUUACAAUGAUUAUGCAAUGUCUGAUCUGUCCCAAACUUUACAUAAUUGACAAGAGUCCUGGACUGAACACAUCUACAUGCCAAAAGUCACUUAUGGCCAUAGCGCCACCUGCUGGCAACAAGAAGUAACAUGUUUUACACUGAUUAUUCAAAGUCAGAUCUGCCCUACAUUUUACAUGAUCAAUAAGAGUCCUGGACUGAACACAUCUACGUGCCAAUAUUUACAUGUAGUCACUCAUACUCUCAUACACUUUUAAAUGGUUCACCUAUGUUUACAUGCUUAAAUGCCUAUUUACUACUGUUCCCUUUAAUUCUUAUGCCACGGCGUGGCGGUGUCAUGUGUGCGAGGGCCCUUCCAUCACUGCUUGCAGUUUUAAUUUAUUCUUAAUAUUCUUUCAAUCUUAUUUUGGCACUGUAUAUCCUUUAAUGCUAUUUUGAGUCUUCAGUGGUCUCCAUCUCAAGGUUUUUUAUUAACGUCAUGAGAAUGUUGUGAUGUCCACUGUCUGUGUUUUGUAUGAUAACACCUCCUAAAUCUGCUUCUAUUCAGACAAAGUUAGUCAGAGCAUCGUAUUAAAUAAAGCAUCUUUAUUUUAUUCAA